AUGCACGCCCGCCGCCUCCUCCCUCUCCUCCUGCUGCUCGCCGCCGCCGGCCGCUCGCUGGGCCGCGGCGGCAUCUUCGGGACUGCACCGCCGCCGUCCAGCCCCGGCGGUGGCGACGACGACCAGAAGUGCAGCCGGACGUGCGAGUCCGCGUACUGCACGGGCACCUUAGAGGCUCCGUUGAUGCGGUACGGCAAGUACUGCGGCGUGUCCUACACGGGGUGCCCCGGCGAGCCCCCCUGCGACGCCCUCGACGCCUGCUGCAUGCUCCACGACGCCUGCAUCCAGACCACCGACGACUACCUCAACAUGUGGUGCAACCAGAGCCUGCUCGACUGCGUGGCCACCGUGAGGACGGCCGCGGCGGCGGCGGGCGGGGGCGUGGAGGCCGUGCUGACGACGUUCGAGGGGAACCGCUGCAACGCCACGGACGUCGCCGACGAGAUCACCUCCAUCCUCGAGGCCGCCGUGUACGCCGGGAGCAUCCUGCACAGAGCGCCGGCGCCGGCGCCCGCGCCGUAG